AUGGACAUGAAUCAGAUUCACUUGCUGCAUGACAGCACAGACAGGGUGACCUCGUCCGACGCCAUUGAUUCUGAGACGGUCUUUCCAGCAAGGCAGCGCCUCAAGGCCAAGGACAAGAUUUUCCAUUCAACGGCCGCGGCACAGUCCAGAUCAAGGACUUCUACGCCAACACGUAUGGCAAACUGA